CGCUUUUCCCCCGCCCCCUGCCUCCUCUUCACCCACCACCAGCAGCUCGUUGGCCGAGUCGGUCCCGCGGCCGGCGGAUCGGGCGCGCGCGUCGGGGGUCGUGCGGCUGCCGGGCAGGGCGAGCACGCGCCGCGAGGCCUUGGAGGCGUAGGGGGCGGGGGUACGGUUCGCCUGCUCGCAAGAUGGCGGACGAGGACGGGGAAGGGAUUCACCCCUCAGCCCCUCACAGGAACGGAGGUGGCGGCGGCGGCGGGGGGUCUGGGCUCCACUGCGCCGGGAACGGCGGCGGGGGAGGCGGCGGCCCGCGGGUCGUGCGCAUCGUCAAGUCCGAGUCCGGCUACGGCUUCAACGUGCGGGGCCAAGUGAGCGAGGGCGGGCAACUGCGGAGCAUCAACGGGGAGCUGUACGCGCCGCUGCAGCAUGUGAGCGCCGUGCUGCCCGGGGGGGCGGCCGAUCGGGCCGGGGUGCGCAAGGGGGACCGCAUCCUGGAGGUGAACCACGUGAAUGUUGAGGGGGCGACACACAAGCAGGUGGUGGACCUGAUUCGAGCAGGCGAGAAGGAAUUGAUCUUGACAGUGUUAUCUGUACCUCCUCAUGAGGCAGAUAACCUAGAUCCCAGUGACGACUCGUUGGGACAAUCAUUUUAUGAUUACACAGAAAAGCAAGCAGUGCCCAUAUCGGUCCCCAGAUACAAACAUGUGGAGCAGAAUGGUGAGAAGUUUGUGGUAUAUAAUGUUUACAUGGCAGGGAGGCAGCUGUGUUCUAAGCGGUACCGGGAGUUUGCUAUCCUACACCAGAACCUGAAGAGAGAGUUUGCCAACUUUACAUUUCCCCGACUCCCGGGGAAGUGGCCAUUUUCAUUAUCAGAACAACAACUAGAUGCCCGACGUCGGGGACUGGAAGAAUAUCUAGAAAAAGUGUGUUCAAUACGAGUAAUUGGUGAGAGUGACAUCAUGCAGGAAUUCCUAUCAGAAUCCGAUGAGAACUACAAUGGUGUGUCUGACGUAGAGCUGAGAGUAGCAUUACCAGAUGGAACAACGGUUACAGUCAGGGUUAAAAAGAACAGUACUACAGACCAAGUAUAUCAGGCUAUUGCAGCAAAGGUUGGCAUGGACAGUACGACAGUGAAUUACUUUGCCUUAUUUGAAGUGAUCAAUCACUCCUUUGUACGUAAAUUGGCACCGAAUGAGUUUCCUCACAAACUCUACAUUCAGAAUUAUACAUCAGCUGUGCCAGGCACCUGCUUGACCAUUCGAAAGUGGCUUUUUACAACAGAAGAAGAAAUCCUCUUAAAUGACAAUGACCUUGCUGUUACCUACUUCUUUCAUCAGGCAGUCGAUGAUGUGAAGAAAGGUUACAUCAAAGCAGAAGAAAAGUCCUACCAAUUACAGAAGCUAUACGAACAAAGAAAAAUGGUCAUGUACCUCAACAUGCUAAGGACUUGUGAGGGCUACAAUGAAAUCAUCUUUCCCCACUGUGCCUGUGACUCCAGGAGGAAGGGGCACGUUAUCACAGCCAUCAGCAUCACGCACUUUAAACUGCAUGCCUGCACUGAAGAAGGACAGCUGGAGAACCAGGUAAUUGCAUUUGAAUGGGAUGAGAUGCAGCGAUGGGACACAGAUGAAGAAGGGAUGGCCUUCUGUUUCGAAUAUGCACGAGGAGAGAAGAAGCCCCGAUGGGUUAAAAUCUUCACACCAUAUUUCAAUUACAUGCAUGAGUGCUUCGAGAGGGUAUUCUGCGAGCUCAAGUGGAGAAAAGAGGAAUAUUAGUUAGAGACUGAUUAUCUCAUGUGAGCCAGGACAUUCUUCCAGCAAGGUUGGCCUCUGGAUGGUGAACGGGCUGUGAAAAAAGCCCUGCUUCUUCCCUUGUCUAGAGGGUGGACAUUGGCUACAGGCUCUUCCAUCUCUCAUGACUUCAUGGACCCUCCUCUGCCAGUUUUUUAAAUCAGAUCACCCUCCAUGUUGUUCCUGACCCGCAGGGGAAGCUGUCCUCAGUUGUAGCCGUCUGACUGGAUGAGUCCUGGCAGUCUUUCUAGGCGAACCAAGAAUGUGUGUGUGAGGGAAGGUGUUUCCUGUUGCUUUACUGCUGUCUGUAUGUGCCAGUGCUGGAACAGAAUUUGGAAGAUUCUGAAUAAUUAGCUACUUAUUCUCAAAAUCUUUGAAAGAAUCAGGAGGUCAAGUCAAUAACAUGAAAAUUUAUAUUCUUAGUGCAGUAGAAAGAACAUUGGGCUCUGGGAAUUUUAUCUUGGUUUUCUCCUGGCUUUUUUUUCCUCUGUGUAAUUUUGGGUAAAUCAGUUUCCCUAGCUCUCAGUUUUCUCUUCUGUGAAACAGGAAGACUGAACCACGUAAUUAAUAUCCAAGGUCCCUUCCGGCUCUAAAAGGCUAUGAUUCUAGAUGAGAAGUUAUAUCAGGAGAGAUACGGCCAAUCAGAUUGAGUCAUCCAGGCAUACCUUUUUAGCUUCUGUUUGAGGAGUUGUCUCCAGAGAAGAGGAGAUGUGGCUUCCCAAUAACUCUUUUUUUUUUUUUUUCCUUUCAGAACAUUUUCCAGAUGGCGAGGUCACAGCAGAGAGAUGUGGCCACCUAGCCUUUCCUUAUCCCCUUCCCUUCCUUUCACCCCCAUCCUCUUGCUCCUUUCAUGUCCCAUUUCAGACAGAGUAACCAUUAACACAAAAGAAGAGAAAGAGUUAAAGUCAUUAUAUUCAAAAGCCCUAAACUAAAUAUUAUUAAUAACGCCCUCUGAAUUUCAUGUCUCUGGAAUUGAGGUGGUAGUAAACAGCAGAUUGGUCAGCACCAGAAGUCAACUGAGUUAAGACAGGAAAAGAAAAUAAGCCCAACCAACUUGCCAAAGGUAUCUUUGUCCUUUCACCUGGGCCUCAUACCAACAGCCUCUCCUUGUACUAUAUUUUUAAAACUGGAACUAUGAACUUCAUCCAUUUGCACUGUUCAGACAUAUAUAUGUAUGUAUGUAAAAAUUAUAUAUACACAAAUUAGCUGCACGUAUAUACAUAUAUAUAUUUCUUUUUAAAUUUCAUAUUGAUGGCAGUACCUUUUUUAGCUUGUGUUUUUACACACCUUUCACUAGAAUCCAUGACCUCUCUUGUGCUCUCUUUAUUUUGAAACAAACUUUAAAAAGGAAAAAAAAAAAGCAUUUUACAGGGAAAAAUACCUCUCCUCAUGAAAGACUUGAAAAGUUUACAACCUGCUUGGAUUUUUGCCCCUUUUUUGUAUCGAGUAUAGAUUCCGGCUCAUGGGUUGCCAUAGAGUCUGAGGAACAGGGAGUAUAGUUUCUUUAUCUUCCAAGAGGGUGUUGGGGAGGAGAAAGAGGUGUGUUUUUCAAGGUUAACAGGCUGUAGUUCUGCAGGGAGAGCCUAAAGUCCUGGUAUGGUCUCUUGAUUCCAUGACAGUUUUUCUGAUCCAUCUGUUUCUCUCACUCCUGGCUUUCUAGCCACAUUCUGCACCUCCUUCCUGCUUUCCUAGAACCUCAGUAUGCUUUCCCUCAACUGGCCCUGAGUGGAGUUGUGCGUGGGCUCAGGAGGUUGAUGCCAUGGGAACCUGAACCUGAAACACUUCAUGGUAGUAAUUUCCUGUUUUCCUUGCCCCCCCCCCUUUUUUUUUUCUGAGACAGGGUCUUAAACUCUGUCACCCAGACUGGAGUGUAGUGGCAUGAUCAUAGCUCACUGUUACCUUGAAUUCCUGGGCUCAGGUGAUCCUUCCGCCUCACCCUCCUGAGUAGCUGGGACUACAGGUGUGCACCACCACACCUGGCUAAUUCUUCUUAAAAUAUUUUUGUAGAGACAGGGUCUCACUGUGUUGCCCAUGCUGGUCUCAAACUCUUGGCCUCAGGUGAUCCUCCUGUCUGAGCUUCCCAGAGUGCUGGGAUUACAGGCAUGAGCUGCUGUGACCUCCCCUGCAUUUUUUUGCAGCAGGGAUAGUACUUGGGACCAGAGUUAAACUGAUACCUUAGGCACACAGGUUGGACUUACAUAGAGGAAGGAAAGCAAGCAAUGCCCUGU